GGGAGACCAGAUAUAGUGAAUGCAGGGUCCUGGGAGACCAGAUAUAGGUAAUGCAGGGUCCGGGGAGACCAGAUAUAGGUAAUGCAGGGUCCGGGGAGACCAGAUAUAGGUAAUGCAGGCCCGGGGAGACCAGAUAUAGUGAAUGCAGGGUCCGGGGAGACCGGAUAUAGUGAAUGCAGGGUCCGGGGAGACCAGAUAUAGUGAAUGCAGGGUCCGGGGAGACCAGAUAUAGUGAAUGCAGGGUCCUGGGAGAACCAGAUAUAGUGAAUGCAGGGUCCGGGGAGACUGGAUAUAGUGAAUGCAGGGUCCGGGGAGACCGAUAUAGUGAAUGCAGGGUCCGGGGUUUAGUAAUACUUUAAAAUGUUGAACCUGAUUGUACUGGUGGUUCAGUGUUAUUGAAUGAAGGGUCCGGGGAGACCAGAUAUAGUGAAUGCAGGGAGACCG